GGGCUCAGUGCGAAAGGCGGGAGGGACCUGGGCUGGAGAGGAGACGCCUGAACGGCCCAGCGGGAGCCUGGGGACGGGCCUAGGCUGCAGUCUCAAAACUAGGAUGUCCCGACAUGAAGGUGUCAGCUGUGAUGCAUGUUUAAAAGGAAAUUUUCGAGGUCGCAGAUACAAGUGUUUAAUUUGCUACGAUUAUGAUUUGUGUGCAACUUGUUAUGAAAGUGGUGCAACAACAACGAGGCAUACAACUGACCAUCCCAUGCAGUGCAUACUAACAAGAGUAGAUUUUGAUUUGUAUUAUGGUGGAGAAGCUUUCUCUGUAGAACAGCCACAGUCUUUUACUUGUCCUUAUUGUGGAAAGAUGGGUUAUACAGAAACAUCCCUUCAAGAACAUGUUGCUUCUGAACAUGCAGAAACAUCAACAGAGGUGGCAGUGACACCUCCUAGUCCAAAAGAUGAUCUGGAGAGCUACACCUGCUGA